AUGGGUUCCAAUGUCGGCCUUGACCUCCGCGGUCUCACCCCUGCCCCCGUCACCCCCUUCAACAAGGACGGCAGCGUAGACUACGAUGCUAUCCAUCGUCUCGGAUCCUGGCUCGGCAGCAUCUCAGGCGUCAAGGGUCUCGUCGUACUCGGUCACGCCGGUGAGGGCACCUUCCUCACACAAGACGAACAACUCGCCGUCAUCAAGGCUUUUGUCAAAUCCGUCGACAACCGCAUCCCCAUCAUUGCCGGCAUUACGGGAGAAGGCACCGAAGUAGCCGCCCUCGAAGCUAAGCGCGCUCGGGAAGCCGGUGCCUCGGCCGGCCUCUUGUACCCUUCGCACGGCUGGCUCCGCUUCGGCUACCAGCCCGGUGCUCCGCAGGACCGGUACAAGCGCGUCUUUGAGGUCAGCAGCCUGCCGCUGAUUCUGUUCCAAUACCCGGACGUCACAAAGGCGACGUACAACUUGCAGACUCUUCUCGAUAUUUCGGCGCAACCUGGUGUCUUUGCGAUGAAGAACGGCGUCCGAAACAUGAGACGAUGGGACACUGAGAUCCCCGUCAUCCGAAAGGAGAGACCGGAUCUCCAGAUUCUCACCUGCCAUGACGAGUAUCUUUUGCACACGGUCUUUGAUGUUGAUGGUUUCCUGGUUGGCUACGGCAACAUUGCGCCCGAGGCUCUGAUUGAGUUGAUCAAGGCUGGCAAGGCAAAAGAUUACCCCAGAGCGAGGGAGAUCCACGACAAGUUGUUACCGGUGACCAAGGCUGUGUACCAUCGAGGAUCGCACAUGGAGGGCACCGUGGCGUUGAAGCACGCGUUGGUUGCGAGGGGGAUCUUGGAACAUGCGACCGUUAGGUCACCUUUAUUGCCUUUGGAGGAUGGAGCCGAGAGCGAAAUCUUUGCAGCUGUGUCUGCAUCUUCGCUGUCUCGUGUGAAAUAG